AUGAGUCAAAAUCCAGAAUGAGAUAUGAAAAAGUACUGAAUCAUUGUCAUGACAUCAGUACUUGAAGAAGUAGGCCAAGUAUUUGCUAGAGAUCGUAAAUAUAGACAAAGCUUUAAAAUUCUUCAGAAAAGAUGGGAAUCUAAGUUGAAUCAGAAACAAAUAUUUGGUGCUUACAAUAACUCUAAUAGAGUACCUCAUGGUAUUGCAAUUCCUAAUCUUAUGAUGCCGAAUCAGCUAGUGCCACCACCAAUGUAUCCAGGAUUCAUGGGUCAGCCUCCGAUGAUGGGCUCUAUGAUGAAUCCAGGCCAAUUCCACGGAAGUGGAAUGAUGGGCCCACAGAUGCCAAGACCACCUCACUCUCAAAGGCAACCUGAGAGUCGCAGAGACUUUAUGAAAUCCAAAGACUUCUCUGAGUUCAGAAGUGAUGGAGGUGAUACAUCAGAAUCAGAAACAGAAGAGGAAUCUGAGGAAGACCCAGACUUGAAACUCUUUGCAGAUGGUUCAGGAAUAACAGGAACUGAAAUACUUAGAAGAAUAGAGGAAGAAAAGAAGCAACAAGAAGAGAAAGAAAAAGAAGAGGAACGAGCUAAAGCUGAAGCAUUAGAAGCAUCAAUUAGAUCUUAUAAUCAGACUGGUAGCAAAGGUGGUCUUUUAACACAAAGUCAGAUGAUUAGUGCUGAUGGAUUAACAGGUUCACUGAUGACUCGUAAAUCACUGAUGGAUCCUAGAGUUCAGAUGCCAAAGCCUCUUAAAAAUUCUGAGCCUGUUUUGAUGUAUCAAAAUGAAGAAGAUUUAGAUAACGUUAGCGUAAGUGACGGAGAAAUAGUCACUGACAAUAUAAUUUACGGCCAGUUUGAAAAAGUCAAAAGAAACAAGAAAGGAUACCAAGGCGAAUUCUUUGAUUGUGUUGGCCACCUAAAUGGCAAAGACUACCUUAUCAAGACCCUAAGUGCUGAUAUACUACAUUAAUUUGAAACCCCCCAAAACCC